AUGGCUUCACAAACUUCUUGGGUCCCGCUGGACAAAAACGGCGACUUCUCCAUCCACAACUUGCCCUUUGGCAUCUUUUCUGAGGGUGGCUCGCAGCCCCGCGCCGCCUCGCGAAUUGGCGAUUUCGUCAUUGACCUCAAAGCACUCGCUGGCGAUGAGCAGGCGAAGCAGCAGCUGAGCUCGCUUCGUGACCUGGAGGGAGUUUUCGGACAGACAUCUCUAAACACCUUUGCUGAGCGUGGACGCGCAGUUCACCGUGCUGUGAGGGGUGAUCUCCAGCGCAUUCUAAGUCAAUCCACAGAUGUGCCAGCGAUUCUCAAGGACAAUGAGUCGCUCAAGCAAAAGGUCCUGAUUCCGGUCGAGAAGGUCAAGAUGCACUUGCCGAUGCAGAUCGGAGACUACACCGACUUCUACGCCGGCUACCAUCACGCCUACAAAGUCGGUGUCCUGUUCAGAGGCCCGGACAAUGCCCUGCAGCCAAACUACACACACCUGCCAGUGGGAUACCACGGCCGCUCAUCCAGCAUCGUCGUGUCUGGGACACCUAUCCGCAGACCCCGUGGCCAGAUCCUGCCCAACCCAGCGGCGAACCCCAAAGAGCCGACGACAGUUGCCUGCCGUCGAUUGGAUUUCGAGCUGGAGCUUGGUUGCUUCAUCUGCAAGCCCAAUGAGAUGGGCGAGUCAAUCGACAUCAACAAGGCCGAGGAGUACAUUUUCGGCUUUGUCCUGCUCAAUGAUUGGAGCGCUCGCGACAUCCAGGCGUGGGAAUAUGUGCCCCUCGGACCGUUCAACGGAAAGAACUUUGGCUCAACUAUUAGCCCUUGGGUUGUUGUCGCGGAUGCGCUGGAGCCCUUCCGAGCCCAGCCACUGCCGAACGACACCCCUGUUCAGGAUUAUCUCAAGGAGUCGCAGAAGGAGAGCGUGUUCGACAUUCAGCUCGAAGUUGGCCUUACAACUGCGGAUGGCGACCACGUCGACCUGUCCAAGACAAGCGGCCGAAAUCUGCUCUGGUCCUUCCCGCAGAUGAUAACGCACCAUACCGUUGGCGGAUGUCCUCUCAGGGCCGGAGAUUUGUUGGGCUCAGGAACCAUUAGCGGCACAGAGCCUCGGGAGCGUGGCAGCUUGCUUGAAAUGACCGAGGGUGGCAAGGCCGAUGUUCAGCUUGAGAAGGGCGGGGUGCGUCGUUUCAUCCAAGAUGGUGAUAGCCUGAACAUGCGAGGAUACUGCGAGAAGAACGGAGUGCGGAUCGGAUUUGGCGACUGCGAGGGCACGAUUCUGCCUGCUCACGGGGCGUAA